CUUGUGUGGACGCGCGGAAUAUUUCGAAUGUUUUUUUGAAAAAUUAAACUUCGUUUCACUUAAAACGUUCUGCUAGAUUCGUGCGUUGUGUUUUUUAAUACAUUUUAAGGACAUAUUACAUUAUUCUAAAUCUGAAACGUGUGCGUUGGCCGUAAAUAGGUUGUUCUUCGUCGCUGACGGCUUUUAUUUUUAGUUUAGCUUGUUAAAGUUGUUCGUGUGGUGUGAGACUGGAUCUUAAUUUAGCGACGCACAUAAGUAUGAACGUCAAAUCGUUUGAAGAUUAAAAUGAGAAAGAAGAGAAAAACGAAAAGGGAUUAAAUCAUAAUAAAAUAAAAAUAAAAACAAAGCGAUAAACUCCAACCAAAUAUAAAUUAAAUACUCUAAACAAACCUUAACCAGAUAGAGACUGGGUGUUUAAUAGUGAUCAUUGCUUAAAAGUGAACAAAUAUUAAAAAGUACACAAGCAGAGUGUACCUCAAAAACAACCUUUUAAAAACAUACUUCGAUCCUUUUACAAAUAAGUAAUCGUUUAAGGUGAUCUUUUGUUUAAACAUUUUUGGGACUGCUGCCUUCAAUUUAUUUAGUUUACGUUAAAAGAACCCAAGCAUUUAAAAAAAAACAACUGAACGUGUUGUUUCGUUAUCUGUGAGAAUUAAAGCGCGCCAAUUUGUGAUUGUCAGUCGGUUGUUUUAUGUGAAAUAGGCGCCAAAGUUGGUGCAAAAAUUUCGUGUGUGGAUUAUUGUACUGGUGUCAAAGUGGCUGGAGACGAGCAUUUGGACAUGUUGGGGGGCCCAGAGUGGGGCCAGCGGGAGGCCACCCCCCCUAGAGACGCCCCCCUGCCGAGUUUCGGUUUCACACAGGAGCAGGUCGCGUGCGUAUGCGAGGUGCUCCAACAAGCUGGCAACAUAGAGAGGCUAGGGAGGUUCCUCUGGUCCCUCCCGGCGUGUGAACGUCUCCAUGCCCAUGAGUCUGUGCUCAAAGCGAAGGCCAUGGUCGCCUUCCACAGAGGAAAUUUUAAGGAGUUAUAUCGAUUGUUGGAAUCGCACAAUUUCAGCGCCCACAACCAUUCCAAUCUUCAAGAACUUUGGAUGAAAGCACAUUAUUUGGAAGCUGAAAGACUAAGAGGUCGGCCGCUGGGCGCCGUCGGGAAGUACAGAGUUCGACGCAAGUUCCCCUUACCCAGGACAAUUUGGGAUGGUGAAGAAACUAGUUAUUGUUUUAAGGAAAAAUCACGCACCGUCCUCCGCGAUUGGUACCUCCACAACCCGUAUCCGUCGCCGCGGGAGAAGAGGGAACUGGCGGAGACGACCGGCCUCACCACAGUACAGGUGUCGAAUUGGUUUAAAAACAGGCGACAAAGGGACAGACAAGCCGAACAUAAAGACAGCGGCGGAGCGGGCGACAAGCAGCUGGACUCGUCGACGGACGACGACAGCGACGCGCCGCACGCGGCCGCCGCGCACGCGCCGCCGCUGUACCCGCUGUACGAGCACCCGCUGGCGCACCUGCAGUACCACCACUCGUGACCCCGCCACCCCUGCUAGGCCGUCACACCUCCGCUCUACAUUCACUACAGAAACUGUGUCGACUGCUUACGUGGCGUUAGCGAAACACGUUUUAAAAGUGUCGGUUUUGUUUUGUAUUUUAUUUUAAAUCUGUCUGGAUAAACGAGACCCGAAGAGGGGCUCGACUGUAUAUAGAAUUGUAAAGCUGAUAUUUCAUGAUCACGUUCAACCGACACACGCGUGUUCAAAAUGACGACACAAUACAAAAUACAUCAUAUACACAUACACAUCGAUUAAGACCCAAAUCUAAGAUAAAGUUUCAUUGUACAUGCAAAACAUCCUACAUUGAAUCACUGUAAGGUAACUGUACUGUUAACAAAACAGUUACUCCGUAAGAACUCACUUCUCACUCGUAAAUCAUUCGUAAAAUUGUGAUACGAAAUUUUGAUGCGUGUGUCCUUUAAAUGUUAUACUUCUGAUAUUUCACGAUCGUGAUGAGUUUCUAGUUCUUACAGAAUAGCUCUAAUGUUGUUUUUUAUAAUUCGUUUAUGAAAAGUGUGUGGAAGCUAUUUGCAUUCUGUCAUAUAUAAAGUACAGUAAUUAAAUUUUUAUUUAUUCUUAGUGAAAUUUAGAAUCGUUUUAACAUGUGAUUUUCAUCAAUUUCUUGUCCGAAUCGGUUGACAAUUACUGAAAAAAAAAACCAUACAUACAUUUUUAUUAAUCAAUAUUAUAUCGAAAUCAAAAAUUACCAAAUUAAUUUGAAACUGCAACGAAAAAAAAAACCGUUUCAUUUGAAACGAAAAUGAAUGAAACGAAACGCAAUGUACGUUUCGGAACCGAGGACGUAGAAUAGUCUGAAUAUGUGAUUAAUAAAUUGGCUUCCUAUCGUUAUUUUUAGUUUUUAUCCUUCAAUUAACUCAUUUAUAAUAAUUUACAAUACUCAGAUGUUAAGCAAUAUAUAAUAUUAUUGUAAUU